AUGGGAUCGAAAACGUGGAUCGUUUUAUUUACAUGUGCUGUAUACAGGGCAAUUCAUCUUGAACUUUUAACGUCUUUGUCAACAGAUAACUUUUUAUUGGCUUUCCGACGUUUUAUAGCACGCAGAGGAAGACCUGAAAUUGUCUACACUGAUAACGGUAGUAAUUUUAUUGGUACAAAUUCGCUCUUAAAAAUGAUUGACUGGGAUAAACUUAUUAAAAAUCAUGUUGUCAACCGCAUUAAGUGGAAAUUUAUCCCACCAGCUUCUCCCUGGUGGGGUGGAUUUUGGGAAAGAAUGAUUGGCCUGAUGAAAAACAUUCUCAGAAAAGUUUUAGGUAAUGCCUCACUGAAAUAUGAAGAACUCUAUACGAUCCUCUGUGAUUGCGAAAAUAUCUUAAAUUGCAGACCAUUAACUUAUAUUUCCGAGGACUUGGAACUGGAACCCUUGACACCUGCAAUGUUUUUUCGUGAUCUAAAAGAAAGUGGCGUUCCAGAUCUAGAUAUUAUUGAUGCCAAAUACUUACAAAAAAGGUAUGCUUACCAGAUGAAAGAAACACCUGAGAAAAGAAUUAAGUGGCCUCUAGGAAAAAUUAUAACACUCAUCCCAGGAAAUGAUGGUGUAGUUCGUUUAGUAAAAUUACGCACCAAAAGUGGCGAAAUCCUUCGACCCAUACAACGAAUUUAUCCGUUGGAAGUCCAUUUACAAACGGAUAAUAUAGGAGACUGUUUGAGAAAGAAGCAUUCUGAUCAAAAAAUGUGUGAUAAGCCUACAACUUCUAUUGGAUCUACAGAGUUUCGUGCCACUGACAAAGAUCAGUCAGAUGAACUCAAUCAGAAUCCCCUCAAAACAACUAGAUGUGGACGAGUGAUUCGAACUCCUGAACGAUUAAACCUCAUGAACUUUCAACCAGACUGUGGCUGA